AUGGCGGUCGGUUCUUCCAACAUGACAGUGACCGAAGCACCUAUCCCACAUCCGACAAGCUCUCCAGCCCCGCCGGAGUCUCAGGCUCCUCCACAGCAGCUCCCCAAUCAACCGGUCCGUCUUCCACCUCCCCCCGUCGGCCCCUUACCCCUCGAUCCGGGCUCAGUCGAUCCCACCGCUGGCUCAUCAGCCGCUGCAAUCGCCCGGUCCGCUGCUUCUUCCAUGGCGUUCAUUUUCAAACGUCCUCCGCUUCGGUUUUUCCGACCAGUCAAGAUUUCGACCUAUGGCGCUUUGCAAGUUAUGGCUGAGGAGCGUGGGAGACCCGUAUCCUUAAAGUUCGUUCAGUCGGUCAUCAAGAAAGAAGGUCCAUGGAAAUUCAUUCUGAACCACACCCUACCACCAUUCUUCUUCAACACACUCAUUGGACUGACUCUAUUUACAACUUACACGAGUAUCGAAAAUCAACUUUCGAAAUCGCAACCUCAUCUACAUCCAUACCUGGUGCCGGCUCUGGCUGGUAGCGUCGCUGGUGCCGCCCAGAGCUUAAUUUCAGCCCCACUUGACAAUCUCAGGCUGUUACAAGUCAGUCAGGCUAAUUCUGGGCUUGGAUCAUCAUCAUCCUCAUCCACGAAGAUUCAAUUUAAAGGAUGGAUCCCUUUGCUCAAACAAGUCAUGCUUCCCUUAUCUCUCAGCACACAUCCUGGCUCAAACUCAACAGGUUCCGAACGGUUCAAACUUUGGGCUAGUAGAGGAUGGGGCAUGUUGGGCUUGAGCGUGAUAAAAGAUUCGCUGGGAUUUGCAACGUUCUUUUCGAUCUUUCAGAUCGGACGUGAUUUAGGCAAAAGACUAGCAAAUUCAGUUGAUCGGUCAAUUCACAUCGUCUGGACCGGCUCCGAGGAUCAUGAUGAGUUUGUCGGCGCGAGAGGCUGGACGGGUCGGAUCCUUCAGUCUUGUGUGAUCGUGCUGAGCGGGGCGACAGCUGGGUGGGCCUACGGUAUCGUCGCCGAACCUUUCGAGGCGCUCCGCCGAGCUUUAUGGCAAGCACGACUGGAUUGGGCCUCGAUCCAUCUAAACGACACACCAGCUAACAAAACCAAGGUUGCGGACAAAUCAUCUUCGUAUGCCAGUCGGCAUCCUCCUCACCACCCUCACCCUCGCCAUCAGCAUUCAAGCUUCACCAAUUUCAACAGAGUCCGAUCAAGUCACUGUUGGAGGAGCAAAAAAUCCAAACUUGGCCAUCAGUUUGCUUUGCCAUCAUUCCUAUCAAAAGCUCAGCGCACACCCGACACUCGGAAACCAAUGAUCGGAUCUCAGAAGCCACCGUCGAUAUUCAAAAUCCUGAAACACAACCUUCAGAACAGGCGCAAAGGAUUGGAUAUCUUCGGCGAGCUGAUUUCGAGCAUCAAGCGUCCAAAGAUUAGAGUCACCGAUUCUAACAGCACCAACGCAAUGAAACUCGAUGCGUCCGGAAAUCUCUUCCACUUCUUUCGCGCCCGGGCACACAAGAAACCUUUGUCUAUCAAGACUGCUACUCGGGUCACUGGGUUCAGAAGCUUUAUUCUCUCUCCAUAUUCAAUUGGGUUCUUUGUUUGGGCAGUUUGUAGUGGUGAUCUGACCGUUUGA